AUGUCUUCUCGGCAUACGAUGCGUGUCGAUAGUUUGAGCCCAGCAGGAUCGGAAUGCUCGACAUCUACAGCUCUUUCGCAUGCAGAUCGAAAAAAGGAAACACAUUUGCGAUGUGAACGACAGCGUCGAGAGGCUAUCAACAAUGGCUACUCCGAGUUGAAAGAUCUGAUUCCCGCUUCAAUGGCGACAAUGGGAUGCAAGACAACAAACGCUGCCGUGUUAUUCCGAGCUGCUGAAUAUUUGCAAUUGCUUCAGAACGAGGUCGAAGCUGAAAAGCAAGAGCUGGCACAAGCCGAGUCGAAGAUCGCGGCAUUGUCAAUGAUUGCUGAACAAUAUGAGUCAAUGUCACGUGAGGCGCCUCAAGAGUGUACAAUUCAAAUGCAAAUGAUGAAAAAAUUAUUAGACGACUGCUAUUUGUCGUUUACAAAUCAAGUCAAUCUAAAUGAUUAUGCAACAAUUACUCGAUCUCUGAUCCCCUGGGUUGAAACUUUGGAGCCACAAACCAAGACAACCAUGGAAAACAUUAUCAAAAUGCCUUUUAAGACUCCGCGUCGA